AUGAUGACCUAUUUACGUGGGUCACUUUUACAAACAACUGGAACUAAGACUUUAAAAAAUGGCUUGACUGAUGUUUAUGGGGGAGCUGUAGGCAUGGUUCUGUUUCCAACUUCCAGUAUUUCAGUUCUCGUCAAAUGGUGUUUCAUUUGGUUUGCACUAAACUGGCUUAAUAACUUUCAAGCUCAAGGACAAGUACCAUCAGUGGAGACUGUUACGAAAGCACGAUGUGUUGCCAAUUGUUACACCGUGGUAAGUCUACAUAUUUUAUGUAAGAGGCUAAGCAAAUAUGAGAAUAGGAUUAAUAAAACUAAUUUACCUUGUGUGAAACUGGCUAUUACUUUGAAAUUCUUACAAAUCAAUGUUCUUAGUGUGCAAAGUCAACACUGAAGAGCACUGAAGUUUUAUGUUCAAUUUUUUCGUUACAAUUUUAAGUCAUUGCUUCCUGGCUAUGUGCAAUUUACGUAGAUUUCAGGGCCGUAUGUGAACGAGUAUAGAUUUACAUUCACAGGUAAAAUUUUAUAUUCCACUAGGAUCCUAAUUUAUUUUAGUAAAUAUACUGAGUCAAUGGAAGGGGAAAUGCAGUUUAAAUAUACAUUUUUUUAUCUCAGUAUGGACCGUCACGGUCAAUGUGUUACUUAAUGCAGUAUUUUUGUUUGUUUGUUUGCUUUUUUUUAACCAACGAAAUUAAUAAAAGCGUUCAUAAUAAUGAUUUUAAUACUGUUAACGCAUUGUGCGUGCUAUUAUGUGGCAUAAGUGAGAAUGCCAUGGUGUUAUUUUUUUUGCUAUAAUGACCCUUCACUCUUAAUCUUUUUACUUACAACUUUCUAACUUUCAAGUUAGUAAUUUCCAGCGAUUAAAGGGACAUCUUAUCUGAUGCAUGGUAAUUCAAAUGAAAAUCAGCGCAAUAACAUUAUAGACCGACCACACUUGGGGAAGACCACGUUUUCUUUUCUUUUCCUUUUUUUUGGGGGGGGCGGGGGAGGGGGGUCGUGAAGUGCGACAUGGGCCUUUUCAAAUUUAGAAAAAUGUUAUUUAGCUCCAUUUACGAGGAUUAAGCUUUUCAAGAUUCUCGUUUAUACAAGUCCGUAAAACGAGCCUAAUUCUAACUACUAGAGCAAUUUAGCACUCGAUGAUAGAGUUUCGUGUUGGCCCUAGUUAAGGUUGAGCAAUUUGCAAAAAAGGUCUUAAAUACUUUAAAGUAGAAUUGUCCUUGGUAGUCAAAGUAUAUUUCCGUUAGCUAAGAACGAGUUACUCAUCUUGUCAUACCAAGAAUCCCUACUCACUUAAACGAGGUUUUAGACUCUGUUAUUGGGUUCAUUUUACAUAUUUAAUUUGUAUCAUUGUUUUUUAAUUUUUCUGUUUUAGUAUGCAGACAAAAAAAGUGACUCUGAGAGGAUAUGUGGAACCGCGGCUUGUCAAGAAGUAAGUGCUGAUUUCGACUGAACAGAAUGUCUGUUCUUGAGACUUCUUAAAGGCUUUUAUUGACUACAAUUGUCACUGCCAUAUUUUGCAAUACUUGGCAUUCAAGGAAAACCAAUUUUCCUCCAGUUCCUAUAAAUCCAUAACUUUUUCGGAUGUGAAAAAUUUAUCGUUCUGAUCAUUCUUAUUUUCAACAGUACCCUAAUGUUUGCCCAAUAUUUUUACUUCAAAGUACCAGCAAGAUAGAUAUAUAGUUGAUAAAAGUGCCUACGUGCAGAUUGUUCCAAUUAUGACGGCGUUUGGCCGCUACUGAACUAUGACAAACUACCAUCGCAAGGAUUCAAAAGAAGAAGGAGAAAAUACAUUUCAUUUUCUCUGCCUUCCCUUUUCUUGCCUGCCACAGAGGCUAAUGGAAUUUCAAGGGGACAACUGGUCUUAGCAGAGUACUGAUAAGCAUUAUAACCUACGAAGUGAUUUUCCUGUUCCAAGAUAUAAUACUGUUAAGUAUGGCAAGCACAGUAUCAGAUAUUUAGGCCCACAAAUAUGGGGCAAGAUAAGCCAGGAACUCCUCAGUAAGACCAGUCUUCAGGCAUUCAGGAGAGGGGUGCGUGCUCUCAAUGUGCUUGGCUUGCUGGACGGUACGUGUGGCUGCUGUGCAUGCUCAUCUUAGAGUGGUGGGUAUGCAUAGUGGCUUCUGCUGUCUGGCUGCCUGGUGUAUUGGGAGUGUGCUCCUCUAUCCUCUAUUUAAUUCGUCUAAUUUAAAUUUUCUGGACUUUUAACUUUCUGAAUUUUGUAUUUAUGUUUGACUGCUGCUUAUAUGUUUGUCUUAUAUUGUCUGUUCGUUUGUCUGUCUAUCUGAUUGUCUGUUUUGUUUUUUGUCUAUCUAUUUCAUGUUUGUCUUUGUUUGUUCCCUGCUUGUCCUGCUGUUUGUCUGUAAUAAUUUUAUAUAUUAAUGUUAUUUUUAUAUACUAAUGAUAUUUUAAGAAUACAUUUUGAAUAUUUUUUACGUAUACUUGAUUUAAUCUUAUAUUAUAUCCAUUUUAUUUAUUUAUAGUGUCCACAAUUAGCUUUUGGCUAAAUACCUUGACACUUUAAUAAAGUUUAUGUAUGUAUGUAUGUAUGAUUAUCAGCAAGGCCUCAAAAAUUCAGUCUUUAGUUUCUUCGCGCGGGAAUGCUGGGAAUUCCAGUAACAAAAAAUAUUUUUUAAAAACCCAUUUCGAAUUCGAAUAUUUCUCUUUCUUUCUCACUCAUUUGAAAUUGAAACGAUAAAUACGUUCAAACACUCCCGUAGUUCCCUCGGAAACCACACCCGAUUCCAGACUAAAAUGGGUAAAGUCUACACCCGACUUCAAAUCUUCAAAAAGGUGCAAAAACCAUACCCUUUGGGACGGCACAUAGUAACCUAUUAGUAAAUAGCUAAUUUCAGGGAGUACCACCCUCGACGUUAGCUCACGACAGUUUGAACAAAACAGACACGACAUAUGCUUGGGUAGGGCCUUUUCUUCAAUAUCACACACUCAGCUACGGGACCGCGCUGACCUGGACACUACUUUUGCAAGUCUGAAAAGCGUUUACCUCAACCCCUGCCGAAAUCAAAUCUACGCGUCGGAUACAUCCGGAAAUCCGCUUCUAUCCUACCUAGUGUUUCAUUCGAUCCUAGAUCUUUUAUUGAAAAUCUCUUUUUGAGCAAACUUUUACUAAUCCUAUUACAUUAUUUUAUCAUAUCUGGUUAAAAACAGUAUUCAAAGGAUCAUGAACAGAAGAGGUGAGAAAUGCGUAGGCGCCGGGUGGGAGAAAUCGCUUUCGUUUACCAAAGUAACAAGAGAAAUGAAUCAGUAACAUUGGUGAGCAAAUAAUCAUUAUAAAAAUUUGGAAAAUGGAUGGAAAAGGUUACGUAUAUUUGGAAAAUCAGGCAUUCUCGACCGUGAACCUUUCACAAUCAUUCAGGCUUCGUGCAAUUUCUCACCUCUACUGAUUUUCGAAUUCGGAAGUAUUCGUCGAAUUUUUGCUUUCCCUGGUAAAAUCCAUCGGUGAAUUCUCAAUGGUAUAUAAAAAAAUGAGUCCUCUGAUGUGGCUUAGGCCUAUAAUCACGAUUUCGGCUUGUAACUAGUUCAAAUCUACAAGUUUUGUUGAGAGUAUUCCGGAUACGCUUUUGUUUCACGCGCGUCUUGUGGCAAUCUAAUGCGCAUGUGCAUCAGCUGACUGUGUCCCUUUAAUGACCAUUAUGAUGAAAAUCUAACAUAGGAAAACUGCAUCUGUUAUUGGAGCUACAAAACAUAUCAAUCAUUACUUGCCCCCUACCGCCUUGCAUGAUGUAUAUUACGGCCUUCUCCAAUUACACUUUGACUAUUGCAGCGUGGUGUGGGGUAGCAGUUGUUAAGUUUUGCGCGAUAAAUUUCAUCGGCUCCAGAACCGUGCCGAACGUUCUCAAAAACUCCAAUUAUGAUGCAGAUGCGAGAAAACUUUUAAAUGACUUGGGGUGGCAGAACCUUGAAACUCAGUGGCUAAUUCAUAAGGCUGUGAUGAUGUUUAAAUCUUUGAAUUGCCUUGCACCUGAUAACCGGUCUUUAAAAUUUAUACUCCGCGGCGAUAUAUUUAAUUCCUACUACCUUAAUAAGCUUGCUGUUCCCUUGCCAUGAAUCAAUUAUAGCUUCUGCUACAGCGGGGCUGCUCUAUGGAGCAACUUCCCCUCUAAUGCAAGACAAUAAAACAAAAUGUCCAACUAACUUUCGGAACGGCUGUUAACUUCUAGCUCGAACACUGCGUUCAUCGACAACAGGCCUUAAUUUAAUAAUUUUAUUUAUUUAAAUAUUUAUUUAUUUAUUAAUAUGAACAGUCAUUUUUGUAAUUGCUAUUACUGUUAAUUCAAGAGUUUGUAAUAUUUUAGGAUAUUGUAUAUUAGCCCGAUGUUUUUACCUUGUGUAAAUGAAAGUGAUGAUGAUGAUGAUAAUGUUAAGAAAUCGAUGUAGCUGGUAACUUGCAGCGUGUAAUGUGUCUGGGAAACUUCUUUUUUUCAGUGCUUAUCACCGUGUGAAAAGACUUUCAAAAAUGAAUCAGUUUGCAUCAAGGAGUGUGUAAGUAAAAUGUUGACAAACAUUUAUCAUUUUGAAACCGCCAAGCUUACCUUGUAGGAGGCAGAACCCUUUCUAGACGGUCUAAAGGAAGGGAAGAACGUUGAAUUGUACCCAGUCAAUCACUUCAAAUUUCUUUCAGUGUAGCUCUGGCCAGUUUUAUUAGCCUAAGUAUUGGCCGCAAAUAAGAAAAUAAAAUCAGCUCUUUGUCGUAAUUUGCCAGCCUUUAGUUGCAUUCAGUUUCGUUUUAAUUGUGUAAAUAUUUUUUGCUUUGCUUCUGAUUUUGCAGACUAAUUCUAGCAGUUGUGAAGCAAGCUGUUGGUUUCUGAAAUAUUUAAAAACACUCUCGUCAAUAAGAAAUGGAGAUGGAUCCAAACCGCCAAUCCCAGGCACACCAACAUUAAGAAACAGGACUUUCACAUCGAUAACCCUACAAUGGGAGCCUGUGAAUACUACAAAUGGUACCUCUGUGUACUUGAUUGCAGUGGAGUUUAAUGGGGAUUCCUUAAAGUCACCAUACUUCAUUAACACGGUGCGCACCCAGUUCAGAAUAUCAUUUUUCUUGAAAUUUAGCAGGCCAACCUGUCAAUUUAUUUGUUCUCAUUUAUUUUUAUCUAAUUUCCUCAAUCCAUACUACAGCGUGCGAGUGCUAAAUACAAAAAUAGUAAUUACGUUACAUACGCAGCUGCAUUGUCAGUCAACUUCUUUGAAAAAACAACUUAUGUUUGAGAAAUUGGGGAGUUACUACGGUUUUACUGCCUGAAGUCAUAACAGUCGCUAUUCUAGUUCAGCGCUAGCAUGUUUUAAGAGCUACAUGCAUGAUCGCCAGCAGUACCUAAGAAUUGGCUCUGAAAUGUCCAAUAUACGUAAAUCUGAGUUCCACAAGGAUCCAUUCUGAAACCGGCCUUAUUUAACGUGUUUAUCAACUAUUUGCCUGGCGUUCCAGAUUAUUGUUCCUUACAAUCCUUCGUAGAUUAUUCCAAAUUACAUCUAUCAUUCCCCGUCAAGGACAUCGACAGCGCUGCUCGACAAAUAACCGAGGACCUGAAGGAAGUUGCCUCGUGGUGCUGUCAAAAUAGCCUUUUGAUCAACCCUGAUAAAACGAAAUUGCUCUUAAUUGGCACCCGUCAAAAAGGAACUUAUGCGUUAUUUAAAACUCUCAGUAAGCAGUCUAUUUUUGAGAUAAGGCUGCUUAUAUUACUUUUGUCUUUGUAACGGUGAGAAUCAGAGGCUAUGUUACGGAUAUGUUGUUAAAAUCUUGCGAAUAUAUAGUUUUAUAGUUUUAUUUUUUAAUGUUUUAUAUUUUUAUAGUUCUGAUGUGAUGAUACAUGUAUUUGAUAUUGACGUAAUUACUUUGAAAAACCAUCCGUGGAAAGGAAUAAAGUUAUUACGGGCGACCAGAGGAGCCAGCAAUCGUAAUCCCCAGGUCGUUAUUUCGCAUUCGUACCACUAAGAAGGAACAGGAAUGCACAGAACCUAAUUUGAUCACGCGUGUUUCGAGCUUCUACCCCUCGUAAUCUUAUCACGCGUGUUUUGACCAUCUGUCACGUGAAAUUUACGCAAAGCACAGCGUUGGAGUAAAAGCGUUUGGACCUCACUGGGACCUUCGAUCAUCGUCGCCCGCAGUCCCCAACCUUUGGUUAUUACUAGUUAUUAUUAUAGUCGAGUAGCCUUGAGCCAUUAUAUGGUUCUUAGAGGUUGAAAUCUUUUCGGUUCUUCCUGACGUUCUUAUUUUACCAAAUCUCAUCUUUAGGUAUUAUUAGUUCCUCGCAUUACUAUCAGUACGUCAUCGCUGUGCGCAAGAGUCGGGUCACGUUUUCCUCGCCAAUCUUUCAAUGGUAUACACUUCAAAUACCAUGUAGCAGUCCUUACAGAGAAUUCAUCUAUCAGCUAUGGGACAAAAACA